UUUGGGUUUAGUUGUCGCUUUUGCUGUGGCCGCUACUGAUUGUCUUUCUGCAGAGCAGAACAAAGAGUUUUUUUACUCAGAGUGAACCAAGAGUGACAUUUUAACAAGGUUUCAGCUGCUGAGCAUUUGAGACGAUGGCUGCACCAACACAGUACUCUCAGGAGGAAGUAGAGGAGCUGAGAGAAGCUUUUGCAAAGAUCGAUGUUGAUUCCAAUGGGUUCAUCACCACCAAUGAUCUCAAUGACUUAUUCAAGGCAGCAAAUUUUUCCUUACCUGGUUACAGAAUCCGUGAAAUCAUUCAAAACCUCACGUCUGCUGGAGACUUGAACAAUGAUGGACAGAUCAGCUUUGACAAGUUUAUAAACGUUGUCCAUGGGCUAAAGAGCACAGAAGUUGCCAAAACCUUCAGAAAGGCAAUCAAUAAGAAGGAAGGAAUCUGUGCCAUUGGGGGAACCUCGGAGCAGUCUAGCGUAGGAACACAGCACUCCUACUCAGAGGAAGAAAAGUACGCCUUUGUUAACUGGGUUAAUACAAAGCUGGAAAGUGAUCCAGACUGUAAGCAUGUUCUCCCGAUGGACCCCAAUACAGACGACCUGUUCAGCGCAGUCAGGGAUGGGAUUGUUCUCUGUAAGAUGAUCAACCUUUCAGUGCCUGACACCAUUGACGAAAGAACAAUCAACAAAAAGAAACUCACACCUUUUACCAUCCAGGAAAACCUUAACCUGGCUCUGAACUCUGCCUCAGCUAUUGGGUGUCACGUAGUGAAUAUUGGGGCGGAGGACCUGAAGGAGGGGAAGCCCUACCUGGUGCUGGGUCUGCUGUGGCAGGUCAUCAAGAUUGGCUUGUUUGCAGACAUUGAAAUCAGCAGGAACGAAGCCCUGAUUGCUCUGCUGCGGGACGGGGAGAGUCUAGAGGACCUGAUGAAGCUUUCACCAGAGGAGCUGCUUCUGCGUUGGGCCAACUACCACCUGGAGAAAGCUGGCUGCAACAAAGUCAACAACUUCAGCUCAGACAUCAAGGACUCCAAAGCCUACUAUCAGCUGCUCAGCCAGAUUGCACCCAAGGGAGAGGAAGAUGGGAUACCUGCCAUUGAAGUUGACAUGACUGGUUUAAGAGAACAGGAUGAUGUCAAGAGAGCCGAGUGCAUGCUGGUACAGGCUGAUCGACUGGGAUGUCGGCAGUUUGUCACGGCCACUGAUGUUGUGCGUGGAAAUCCCAAGCUGAACUUGGCUUUUGUUGCCAACCUGUUCAACAAAUACCCAGCUCUACAGAAACCAGAAAACCAGGACAUCGACUGGAGUUCUAUUGAAGGUGAAACAAGAGAAGAAAGGACUUUUAGGAACUGGGUGAAUUCACUGGGCGUCAAUCCACGAGUCAAUCAUCUUUAUGGGGAUCUGGCUGAUGCUCUGGUAAUCUUCCAGUUGUAUGAGAAGAUCAAGGUUCCAGUCGAAUGGAGCAGAGUGAACAAACCACCUUACCCCAAACUAGGAGGCAACAUGAAGAAACUGGAAAACUGCAACUAUGCGGUUGAAUUGGGGAAGAACAAAGCCAACUUUUCCCUAGUGGGUAUUGCCGGGCAGGACCUGAAUGAAGGAAAUCACAAACUAACCCUGGCCUUGAUGUGGCAGCUGAUGAGAAGAUACACCCUGAAUAUCCUUGAAGAUAUUGGUGGUGGUGAGAAGGUCAACGAUGACACCAUUGUCAGUUGGGUUAACCAAACACUGUCAGAGGCUGGGAAAGACACCAUCUCAGGCUUCAAGGAUGGUCAAAUCAGCACCAGCAUGCCAGUACUGAAUCUAAUUGAUGCAAUCCAGCCCGGGUCAAUAAGAUAUGACCUCCUGAAGAUGGAGGAUCUGUCAGAGGAAGAGAAGCUCAACAAUGCCAAAUACGCCAUCUCCAUGGCGAGGAAGAUCGGAGCCAGAGUAUAUGCCCUCCCAGAAGAUCUGGUUGAAGUGAAGCCCAAAAUGGUCAUGACGGUGUUUGCCUGCCUGAUGGGCAGAGGCAUGAAGAAAGUGUGAAGAGACAAUACAAUCUCUCUUCCCAGAUGCUUUCCCUCACUCUCUCACACUGGACUUAACCAAUAGAUGUAGUGCCUCUACCAGGAAAAUUAACAAAUACGUGCCAAUGAAUUGCACUCUUUGCAGCAGACACAUUUUAUGUAACCUUUCUUGUGAAACAGUUCAGAUAAAAAAAACAAAAUCAUUGGCUGCUGAUGGGAAAUGCAAAUUAGUCACGUUGGAAUUUUACUUUGAAAGCCUGUCACUGAUAAUUACUACUGGUAUUAUUAUUUUAUUUUUUUUAAACAAAUGAACUGUUUUGUAAUAAAAGGGUCACAAUAACAUGUAUAUUUACGCACUAAAAACGCCAUAAGGCAGUAAUAAAUGUCAGCUUCAAAAGUGCUGCAGUAAACUUAUUUUCCAAAUUCUCAAAAUGAUGCAUGGUUGCUUCAGUUAAAUCUAUAUGUUCUCUACUAGAUCUGGUAGAUGUGCUGCCUUGAUUAAGUUAAUUUAGCAACAGAUAUUUUAAGUAUUGCUACUUGUAAUUAGAGCAGAAGAUUUAUGAUUUACAAAAAUAAUAGAUCUCAAAGUAGGAUCCAAAACAAAGAAAGGAGCACUGUCAUUUUAAAUGAUACUAAGACCUGAAUUAAAAGUUCAUGAUGGCGCCAUAACUAUACUUCUGAAGGAUGCUGUUAUAAUUUAGAUUCAGUCCAGGUCUUAAUUAAAGAAUGAGUGUGUCCUCUAUUAAAAUUGCAAGAAACCACUUACACAUUGUUGUCAUAUCCUUUGUCAUUUAUUUCUUUCUUAUUGUGUAUAAGGAUCCUGUUACUGACUUUUGAAUAAACUUUUGUAC